GAAAAACCGAAAUGUACCAGUCCAGUCUCGGAUUUCACUAUAGUUAGUUUUGUUGCCGGCCAAGCGGGUCUCCUAUUUCUUUCAAAAUACCAGUGAGAGAGAGAGAGAGAGAGAGAGAGAGAAAUGGUGAAGGGAAUUGGAGGUGGGCAAAACCUUCCCUCGGACGUCACUCAACUCAUCGAUCAGUUGGAGCGCCACUGCUUGGCCCCCGAUGGAUCUCUCGUCUCCAAAUCCGCCUUCCACGAUCUCCAACUCGCGAGAGAGGAAAUGUCGAGAGAGAGAUUGCGUUACUUGGAAUCCAUGGCAAUAUACUGUGAGGUAAUAGCGAUGGUGGAAGAUUAUCAGCAAGCCAUUUCAGUGGCUAACCUUGGAGGUGUUCGAGAUGUCCAGGGUCUAUACUCGCAACUUGGUUUGAAGAACUCUCCUCAGGUUUAUGAGGCUGUUGAGCACCGGCUUGUUGUUUCAGAAGCAGCUCAAAAAUUGAGGCUUCCUCUGAUUUCCAAGGAUGGUGAGAUUCACGAGGAAGAGAUUGAAAAAUGGAGUGUAAUGUCAAGAAGUUCACUUGAUAGCACAAUCACCUCGAGCUCAAAUUCAACAAAUUACACGAAUAUGUCUUCAAUUAGCACCGGUGCUGCUGGAAAUAAUGCACUUUCUAGUAGCACUACUGAUGCAGUUGAACCUGGAGUUGGUGGUGUUCCUAAUAGAUUCCUCGGAAUAACACCUGCUUAUUUAUGGCAAACUCAGCUCCAGCAAGCACCUGUAUCCUUGGACAUGGCUGAGUACCAGAUGCCGCUUUUCCGUGAAAUUGAGGGUCGUUUAAAAGCUAAAUGUGAUACGUUAACAAAUGCCUUUUUGGUAGAUGAUAUUGAUGCUUCAACUGGCAAUCCAAAUUCAAGUGCUCGGCUUCCAGAAAGGGUAAAGCUAAUCAUGGAGGAGAUCGAGAGGGAAGAGGCAGCUCUAAGGGAGGAUAUGUAUUCUGCAGACAGGAAAAUGGCUGAAUAUUACAAUGUCUUAGAGCAGAUACUCGGUGUGCUCAUCAAGCUGGUGAAAGAUUUGAAGUUGCAACAUCAACAUAAUUAUGAUGAACUGCAAAAAAAUUGGCUGUGCAAAAGGUGUGAGACCAUGAAUGCAAAAUUGAGGGUUCUAGAGCAUAUUCUUCUGCUUGAGACUUAUACACAAGAAUCAAUUCCGGCUCUCCACAAAAUAAGGAAAUAUCUAGUUGAGGCUACAGAGGAAGCUUCACUUGCAUACAACAAAGCGGUUACCCGCCUACAUGAAUAUCAAGGUGUUGAUCCCCACUUUGAUGCGAUUGCUAGGCAGUACCAUGAAAUAGUAAAGAAAUUGGAAAAUAUGCAAUGGACGAUUCGCCAAGUUGAAAUGGACCUGACACGCUUGCCUGAUCACCCGGGCACCUAAGUUGUAUUGCCCUAGGUGAUUUUGUUAUGGUCGAAGUACUUGCGGAUAUCACCAUCUUCGACAUUGUUGUGUAUCAUAUAGUACGUGAUGUUCAGAUGUGUUGUGUUUCUCCUUUUACCUUUUUUGUAAAAGGCCAAUUUGGCCUGGCCUAACCUUAUUGGAUUAUUUUUCAUAACAGUUUCGUCUUUUAUUGGUACUUUUGUUUA